AUGCAGUCAGCUUCACCCUUAGAAGGUGUAGCGAAAGAAUGGGAAGAGAGUGAAGAAAUUAGAGCCCACAUGCGUGAGCACCGAUGCUUGCUGCGAAAAGAGCUAUGGGAUGAACACGUGAAGAUUGAUGUCCGCCAUGCAGAAAUGAACUUUCCUGUUCUUCGGGUUUUGGUUCGCCGCUUGCGUGACGAAGGGGGGAACGUCAGCAUGCUUACAAUUCCACACAUCAUCUCUGAGAAUCCUGGUGGGACAAAGAACCUCCCCCGCAAGAAGGACAUCAAACAGGAAGCGAAAACCAUGAAGAAGUUUCUUGUCUUGGUCAAGAGGAAGUUGCAACGCCAACAGCUUUGCAGAUCUUAUCUCUUCCGAAGGUUGUUGAGCAUGGUGUUCGAUCCCGAUGAGAAGGACACCUUUGAGCCAGUUUGUGAGGAUAUUGAGGAAACAGGUGAGGACCUAGAAGAGAGUGAGGUUGAAAUUGAAGAGGAAGAGGAAGAGGAAAAUGAGGAUCCAGAAACUCAGGAAGCAGCAGACACUCAAGAAGAUAGUGAGGACAAAGUGGAAUUGGCGGAGGUGGAGGAGGAAACAAAAGUGCGUCCCGUGUCACCUGAUUCCCAACCGCUUUUUGACUACGAGGAUUCCCAGGUACUUGAAUCCCAGCUACCUGAAACCGUGCCAUCCCAGAAUGCAUUGGUGGAGGAUGAAGUCAUUGAAAUUGAUGAAACUCCUUCUCCUGAACCGCUUUGUGAUGAGAAGAUCCCAGAGAAAAAUGCUAGCGAAGAAGAAGAGACCAAACAAGAGAAGGGGUGGAAAGAGGCUAGGAUCGAUGCGCUAAAGGAGCAAAUUGCUAAAUUGAAAAAAGCAUGGACGGCAAAGCAAGCCCGAGAUUCCCUCAAACACGAACAAGCCUCUGACAAGACCGCCUUGGCUUACGCUGAAGACGAUUUUGAUACCCAAUUCGACCCCAUGAUCGAGGAGCUCGCGAAUCGAUAUCAAGCAAUGAUGAACAUCGAAGAGAUACCAUCGGCCCCAACAGUUCUGCGACGUCAGCAGCUUGCUCUCAAGACAGAUGACCCUGAAGAAGAAAAAGGAACUGAGAAGAAUGGGAAGGCUGAGGAGGGAAAGGAUGGUGGCAGGGGUGAAAGCUGUGGUGGUGGUGAAGGCGGGGAAGAGAUGCCUGAAAAGAACCAUGGACAAGUUCAGGCCGAUGCUACCAAGCAUGAAGAUACGAUCGAUGAGGAGGCAAGCAAGGAUGAUAUGAAGAAUGUGAAGGGCAUCGUUUGUGACAAGACAGAGGCAAAGGCAGAGAAAGCGCCUGUCACCUUGGAGGACAACAAAAAGGAUGAGGCCGGAGGUGCUGCGGCAAAAGCACAAAGCAUGAACAAGAGGGCGAGGAAGUCCAAAAAGGAAGAAACUAAUGAAGACAAGGAGGUGGAAGUGGCUUCGAGUGAAAGGCCCAAAGAUGUGAAGAUGAAUGGAAAGGCAGCCUCGAUUGAGAGCACAAAGGUGGAGGAAACAAAGGAGCCUGAGAAGCCAAUGAAGAGACCUGAGGAUGUGCAUGAAAAAAAGGCGGAAGAAGAGAAAUCCAAGACUCCCGCUGUUGAAGAGGUGGGUUUGGGCAAGACAGGUUCUGGAGGUGAAACUACAAAUGAAGCUGCACCGGAAGGGGACACAAGAAAGCGAAAAGCAAGAAAGCCAAACAAGCCAGAAAAUGGACAGGAGACGAAAACAAGGAGAAACAAUAAAGCAGACAAGGAAGAGAUUAAGGAUGGAAAUGAUGAUGAGCCAAAGGUGGCAACGGGUGGGCGGGAGGACAUUGAAGAUGAAGGAAUGGAGUCACAGCCAAAAGCAACCAAGCCCAAGGGCGGAAAAAACAAAAACCUGUCAAAGGAAGCGGAAAGUGGAGGCUCUGCUCAGCCACUUGCAGAAAGGAAGUUGAGGAAAAGACUAAGACAAGCAAGCAGCAAGGAGGGUCCUGAAGAACAGGAGAAGAUGAAAGCAAGUGGGAACAAUGAAGCCGAUGAUGACGCAGAAAUCCCUGAAGUAAAGCCUAAAAGGCAGCGUUCAGCGGUUGCGGCAACCUUUGCUCGAAGAGCAUGCCCAAAAAGCGUGAAUGGCAAGAUGAAGUGGGAAGCCCUGAGGAGGGCAUUCGAGACCUACAUCAAAUCCGAGCUCAAAGCCUACAGUGCCUAUGGGUUUCUUGAAUUCUUUGCUGGAGAGGCUUGGGUCUCAAAAGUAAUGCGGUGGCGUGAGGUGCCAACUGCUUCUUUCGAUAUCCGCUUUCAUGAAGAAGGUCAGGAGGGUAAAGUGAGCCCGGCCAUGGACCUCUUGUCGGAUGCUGGAUUUGGGUUAGCAUUGUUGACUGUCUUGAACGCAAAGAUGGGAUCCUUUCUGGCAGUAAUCGGUCUUGUUUGUCGAAGCUUUGUCACUAUUUCUUCUGGCACCCACAAGAGAACACCAUGGCGGCCUUUGGGGGAUGAGCGGGUGGCAAUGGUGCAAGAGGGCAAUGGACUCCUCUCACGGGUGACUUUGCUGAUCAUGGUGAUAUCCGCCAUGGGUGGUUGCUGGUUGCUGGAGCAGCCACGGACAAGCCUCAUCCUUUACCAUCCCCGUACGCGACACUUGUGGCGCUUGCUCCCAAAGGUGUAUUCGGCCUCCUGGUGGAUGGGCCUCUACAAUGCCUUGACACCAAAGAGGCACAUUGCCUUUUCCAAUGCUACUGCUGUGAAGCUCCUGGAUUUGGGGACCAUGUCCAGGGAGGCUAUGAACAAGCUUUCUAGACAUGGUAGGAAGAGUGCAAAGACCUACAUCAAUAAACGAGGAAAAAAAAGCAUUUGUUGGGACAAAGCACCUACGCUCCACACAGACCUAUCCUCCAAGAUUUGCUCUACGGAUCGCCAAAUACUAUGA